GAAAAUCUUUAGACACAGACAACAAUUGACCGACUACUACUAAUGACAGACUCAAAUUGAAACCGUGCGUAAGCGAAAAUCAGAGCAAAAUAUUGGAAGUCAUUUGAUUUUGGAUUCUUCCUUGAGCCAUUUAUCGUCUGCAUUUCUUUCGCUUAGUCAAAUGGAGAAGAUAGAGCACAAGUCUGUUGAAGUGAAUGGCUUGAAGCUUCAUGUAGCUGAGAUCGGAAAUGGGCCUAAGACAGUGUUGUUCUGUCAUGGGUUUCCAGAGAUCUGGUACUCCUGGCGCCACCAAAUGGUUGCGGUGGCCAGCGCUGGUUUUAGAGCCCUUGCACCUGAUUACAGAGGAUAUGGAUUUUCCGAUCCCCCACCUGUUCCUGAGAAGGCCAACUACUUAGACUUUGUCAGUGACCUCCACGCUCUGAUUCAAUGUCUUGGCAUUCCAAAGGUUUUUCUCGUGGCCAAAGAUUUUGGAGUCCGCGUAGCACAAGUUUUUGCCCUUCUCCAUCCGGAGAAAGUUGAAGGAGUUGUAACACUGGGUGCACCCUUCACACCUUUGGGACCCCCACUGUUUCUGCAGUACCUCCCUGAAGGCUUCUAUAUUUCAAGAUGGCAGGAACCUGGAAGAGCUGAAGCAGAUUUCGGCAGGUUUGAUCCUAAAACAGUUGUUCGCAGAAUCUACAUUCUGUUCUCAAGAAGUGAAUUGCCAAUUGCUGGGGAGAAUCAGGAAAUAAUGGACUUGGUGGAUUCAUCUAUGCCUUUGCCCUCUUGGUUCACGGAGAAAGAUCUCGAAAUGUAUGGCAGUCUUUAUGAUAAAUCUGGAUUCCGCACCGCACUAAAAGUACCUUAUAGGUCAUUGAGCGAAGAGUUCAACAUAUCAGAAAUGAAGGUGGAUGUCCCAGCGCUAUUGAUAAUGGGCGAAAAGGAUUAUGUUAUCAACUUCCCAGGAAUGAAUGACUUCAUAAGAACUGAACAGGCAAAAGAGUGUGUUCCUCAAUUGGAGACAAAAUACAUACCUGAAGGUUCCCAUUUUGUUCAGGAACAAUUUCCUGAUCAAGCGAAUGAGCUGAUACUCAACUUUCUCAAGCAGCAUAGUUGACCCGGGCACCAAAAAAACAACUCUCUCUAGUAGAUUUGAUGUACUUUUGACUGUUCCCUACUACUUUCACUUCAGAGUGGACAUUUGAAAGUUCUUAACCAGAUGUGUGGAUGGAGUUUCCCAGUGCUAUGACAUUGGUGGAGUUUGUAAUGCUGUAACAUUUCUGAAAUAAUAGAGAGAGAUUCUCUGCUGUAAUGCUGCAUCAUUCACAAUUUCUGUGAUACUACUACUUAAAAGCACUUCUUACCAUUUCACCAAA